CCCCUCCGUCCAUUUUCGGGCCGCAUCAUUACUAGCGGACAGGAUUUAGGAUCUCCGGGCGGCCAACUUAAAAUAACGGUUCGUGCCGGCAAAUGGUUCUCGAUAGCCCCGCUCUUGUGGCAGUCGAAGCAUAAAGGUCGUUCAUGGACCGAGAAUUCUCCGGAGAUUGUGAACUCUAGCUAUCAUCUCCUCCUUCCGGGCCGAUGGAAGUCUUAAAUUAAUUUCAAAGAAAGGGGAAAAAAAUAUCUUCAAGUCUUUGCUCCCAUUGCAUGUCCCACCUUACUUUAGCGUCCUCCCGAGUUAAAACCUUCGACCACCUCAGACAGCUCCAUGCCCAGCUCAUCCUCCACUCCCUCCAUGGCGAGAGCCACUGGCUCACGCUCCUCCUCACCCGCUGCGCCCGUAUCCAGGCCCCUCUGCCCUAUGCCCGCCUCCUGUUUGAGUCUAUUCCACACCCGACCGCCCGCGCAUUCGCCACGAUGUUCAAACACUGCUCCCAACUGGGGACGCACGAAGACGUGGCCGCCCUCUUCGCUCGUAUGUCUAGCCUUGCCGUGACGCCUGACGCUUCUCUCUAUCCCAUUUUAAUCAAAUGGUUGGGCAGCGAUGCAAUUUCACUCCACGCCCGUAUUUUGAAGCUGGGACAUGCAUCUGACCGCUACGUCCGGAAUGCGAUCAUGAAUUUCUAUGCCCAUCAUGGUUCUGUCGAGACGGCCGAAAGGUUGUUUGAUGAAAUGCCCGAGAGAACGGUCGUUGAUUGGAAUUCCAUGCUCUCGGCAUAUUGGAAGUGGGACUGCAGAAAGGAGGCGCUGCGAAUGUUUGAUUCCAUGCCGGACCGCAACAUAAUUUCUUGGACCGUGAUGGUCAGUGGGCUGUCGAGGGUUGGAGAAUUCGACGUGGCACGGAGGUUCUUCGAUGAAAUGCCUGAGAGGAGCAUUGUCUCAUGGAAUGCGAUGCUUUCGGGCUACACCCAGAAUGGGCAGGCGGAGGAAGCGUUGAGAUUGUUCGACCGAAUGAUGGGUGUGGGAAUUCAGCCCAACGAGACAACAUGGGUCGUGGUCAUCACAGCAUGCUCGAUGAAGGGUGACCUUAGAUUUGCCGAAUCCUUGGUUGGAUCGCUUAUAGAGAGAAAUGCGAAUCUGAAUUGUUUCAUCAAGACGGCGCUCAUAGAUAUGUAUGCAAGCUGCCGGAGUUUGGCGAAGGCAAGGAAGAUUUUUUAUGAGAUGGAGGAUCAGAAUUUGGUGUCUUGGAAUGCUAUGAUUGCUGCAUACACAAGGGAAGGUGAUCUCUCAGCAGCAAAGGAGCUCUUUGACGUGAUGCCGGCAAGGGAUGUGGUCUCGUGGAACUCCAUGAUCUCUGGGUAUGCACAAAAUGGACAGUGGAGUCCGGCAAUCGAGCUUUUCAAAGAGAUGGCAAUUGUGAAGGGCUUGAAACCGGAUGAAGUAACGAUGUCUAGCAUCAUUGCAGCUUGUGGGCAUUUGGGGGCUCUUGAGUUUGGCAGAUGGCUAGUUUGUUAUAUCAGCGAAAACCAGAUUAGAUUAAACAUUUCAGGGUAUAAUGCUCUUAUCUUCAUGUACUCGAGGUGUGGAAGCAUAGAGGAUGCUAGGAGAGUUUUUCGAGAAAUGUCGAAGAGGGAUGUAUUUUCUUACAAUUCAUUGAUCUCAGGCUUGGCGUCUAUUGGCGAAGGGCUUGAGGUUCUUAAAUUGAUGGAGAAUAUGGAGGAAGAACGCAUCGAACCGGAUAAUAUAACGUAUCUUGGCAUCUUAACUGGUUGUAGCCAUGCAGGACUGCUGCUUGAAGGCUGCAGGGUGUUCGAGAUGAUCGAAAGCCCAACCGUUGAUCACUAUGCUUGUAAGGUGGAUCUAUUGGGUCGAGCUGGCCGAUUGGAUGAAGCAAAGAGAGUGAUAGAUGGCAUGCCACUAAAGCCACAUGCAGGAGUCUAUGGGGCUCUCCUCAAUGCAUGCCGAAUCCACAAAAGGGUCAAACUAGCAGAGUUUGCAGCUCGAGAGCUCUUCAAGCUUGAACCAGAGAAUUCAGGCAACUAUGUAUUGCUUUCUAACAUCUAUGCUUCGGCAGGGAGAUGGGGAGAUGGGGAGAGUGUUAGGGAAAUUAUGAGAAAAAGAGGUGUUGAUAAAAUGAUAGGGUGUAGCUGGGUGGAAUUUGGUGGUAAAGUGCACCAGUUUGUAGCUGGUGAUAGGUCACACUGUCAGUCAGAGGAGAUACACGAGAUGUUGAAAGAGGUAGGAAGGAAGAUGAGGGCAUUGGGGUAUAUAGCUGAAGAGAGUUUGUCUCUUGAGGUAAGUUGAAGAGGAGGAGAAGGAAAAAAUUGUGGGGAGCCAUAGUGAGAAGCUGGCACUUGGCUUUGCACUGCUUGUUUUUGAUGCGAAGGCAGUAAUCAGGAUAGUGAAGAACCUAAGGAUAUGUGAGGACUGUCAUGUUGCCAUCAAGAUGAUUUCAAAGAUUGAGGGGAGGGAAAUUGUGGUUAGAGACAACAAAAGGUUUCAUGCCUUUUAGGAUGCGAGGUGCUCUUGCAAGGACUGCUGGUAAGGCCUCACCGAACCUGAAAAUAACUCGUCCAGCAUCAGAUUUCAAAAGUUUCCACUGACAACACAAUAGUUGUUAGCAGGUUUGGUUUCUUCAAAUGCUGAUUAAUUGUUUACUUAAUGUAUGCAGUGCUUGAUCUGCAUUUAUUAGUAUGAUUACUUCUUAUUUACUUUGUAUAUUGAUUGGUUCUGCCUGAUACAUUUGAGCUUGCAUUGCUUACAUUGGGCUGCAAUACUGUUGGAGGAAGACUAAUAGAAAUGGCGAAGUAUGCUUUUCUUAUUAUUUGUAUUCUAAUUUCUUUCUGUGAGAUAUCGUGCAAAAGAAGUUUUCCAUAAUGUUGAGUUUUGGUUUUCAUUACUUGCUGUUUUAAUAAUAAGGAAUGGCUGAGUUCUUUUAUGAUCUUGAAAUGCUAAGUGAAGGGUUAAAAAUGCUAUUUGCUUUGUAGUUGGAUGCAGUUGAUCUUGCUUAACAACAACUUCAAAAGUGAUUCUCUGACCAAGUAAGUUUCCCUUAAUCAUCUUCAUUUCAUACUACUAUGCUACUUAUGCUGUUAUCAUGUGCUGGCUUGUAGUUGCUUUAACCAUGUUCCGUUCUUAGAAUUCUAGCCUAUAUUUUGCUUUGUUUCAACAAGUAGUGAAGGCAUUCUCUUUGAAACUUUGAGUUCAUACCGAUCUUUGUUUUUUCAAUCAUUUUACUAAUUAGUAUCUGAACAUAAGUAUGUUGUUGAUUGUUGGAUGUUCUCUAUUCGCAUGCCUUUGUAUGGCUUAUGUACUUGGUAAGAUGCAGUUAUUAAUUUUUGGCUGGCAAUUAGUAAUAGUAUAAUAGAUAUUGAAAGUUCUUCCUCUAAAGAAGUAUUUUUUGGACUGAACAAUUCAUGAAUUUGGCUAAAAAAUGAGAGUCUUUUACUGGGCAAAUCUUUCUCAAUGUCCAAUAUUCAUGUCUAGUAUUUCCCUGUCAUAGGCAUCACCGGGACAGGUAUCUCCAAAUAUAGAUGCCUAUAAUUCGUCAAAAAUUGUUGAGGAGAAGAAAUUACUAAGUGGAUUUUUUGAUAUUGAAUGUAGCAGCUAGAGAUGCAAAUUUCUGAAUUGUUAAUGGAAUCAACUUGUUAUCUCAAUAAUGUGAUGCUGAAAACUUUGGCUUCCUUUUAUAUCUAUGGCUAGUUUUGUAUUGAAAGAAAUAGUUUUGGUUAUGUACUGAACAAAUAUAUGCAUAUAGGUGUUAAUAUGUAAAUUGCCGGUAGAAAUAACUGCAUGUGAUAUUUGUACUAGUGAAUCUUGCCUGACACCCGUAUUAAUGUUGGUCUCAUCAAGGAACUGAGAUGUGCCAUAAGUAAGCUGGAUUCAUGAACUUGAUUUGAUGCAACUUCUUGAUUUUCAUAUCUGAUAAAAUUGAAUCCUAUGGUUUCUUAUUCUAGAAUAGCGGGCGUCUCAUUCCUAAACUUCUAUGCAAUUGAAAUAAUUUCAGGUUGAAACUUUUUGCUGAAACUGAUUGAUGCUAGUGUAUCCACCUACGUUGGAAAAAAGCUCAAAAUAAGGGGAGAGAGCAGGGUGGGGGACUCUCUGCAUGCAUAUGUAAUCCCUUGUGAGCAAGAUAGAUUGUAAAUAACAUGAAUUCCACCAAAUGUGCUCCCCUCUGAUUUCUGACUGCUAAUAUCACCACCAAAGUAUUUAUUGAAGCCUCUAGAUUUUUGUUCGGGUCUAUUGUUAUCCUUCAUUGGGUUUUUGUGUGCUAACUAUUGGAGGACAUCUUCUAGCCGGAGUGAAAUAGCAAGAAUCUAUCUAUCAUGACCUUUAAUAAUUCUUCCAGGUUUGGCUGAGCUUUGAUUUUUACGAGAACUCCCAUCAGUGAAGUUUCAGCUAUUCUUUUACAUGUUCCCUCCAAAAUGUAGGACUCGCUUUAUGUGAAACUGUUCUGCUAAUCAACCUUGGUGAACUUACUGCCAUUUGAGGAGCUUAACACCUGCUUUACUGUAAUGUCUCAACUAUUAACUUUUAUCUUCCUUUCUAAAUUUUCAACCUUUUGUUCAAGAUAGACUCAAAUUAAGACUCCACAAUGUGUAUCAAGUUAUGGAGGUCUUAAUUUUUUGAUUUUGAAUUCAUGCCUAACUUUCCCUUUGUAAAUGAAUGAUUUCUUAAUUUAUUGAUCUGUCAUAAUUGCUCAGUUUCAGGCGGUCUUGGAUGCCUUGCUCAUUAGUUGCUGUGCCAAUGUUGAAGGUCAACUGCAUAUUCUUUCUUCAAUAAAUUGUUCCCUCUGAUUAUUGUGCAUGUCUAUUUAAACUCAGCAACUAUAUGGAGGAAUUGUUGUACUUCAUCUUGAGCAUAAUCAUAAUCAUAAUCAUCAAGUAUUCCUAUUUAGGGCAAUCUCUGAUGUUAUUCCAAAACUUUCAUUCAUCUUUAGCAUAUAUAAUAAAAUUAUUCUCCUUACAAAAUCCACAUUUCAAGCCUUCUGCUGAGGAAGACAGACUUUCUGGAACUUGUGGGCCUAUCCUUGUGCUAUUGGAGUGGCAGACUUGCCAAUCAUCUCAAUAAACAUGAUAUGGCCAGCCAUUCCCGUGCAAUUUCAUAUCAUUUUGUAGUAUGAAAUGGUCAAGCUCUGUGCGUGCAGAAACUAUUAUCAGAUUUUCAAACAUGUUUAUUAUCAAGAUCUUCUAAUUCACUGAUAAUCCAUUAAUGGCAUGCAGUUUUAUUGAUUCAAGCACCAUUUCUGAAUUGAAGGAAGCUAUAUCUUUGUGUAGUCCUUUUGUCGCGCCGAGUAUGAGGCAGUGAAGUUGGCAUGAUGGGGGCAAAAUGAUUCAUGGACUGAUGAUCAAGGAUGACCGAAAUGAAGGAUGACUAUAAUCAAGGAAAUCAGACCACAAAAGCUCGGUGCUGGCUAACAUUCCUCACAAUGUAGUCCUUGUUUUGGCUUUCCAUAACCUUUGGUACAUGUGAAAGUGCAUGCAGCUUUUUGGGUCUGCAAAAGUGAUAUGCCGGGAGAAACCCUGCAUAUCACAAGCCUGUAGGAUCACAAGCCUGGAUAUGUGGUGACCCAUGAAGGGUCCAGUCUAUAUGAUGCAUUCAAAAAGGAGAUGGACUGACCGAUGAUUGAUCGACUCAUCUCCUCCUGGUAGCCCAGAAGGUAUUCUCUUUCCAUGGCUCCUGACGGAUGGGGGUCACAAUGAGUAUUGUGAUUACCAAGAUCAACACAAAUACGGAAGGGACAUCUCUCUGGAACAGGUGUCUACUUUCUUGAACAGGUGUAUGCAUUUAUAAACUGUCACCAAGCCAACUGAAUCGGAAAAUUGACAAUGUGGUAUGAUCAACAGCAGCUGGCUUUGGUACUUUUAAGGAAUUCAGAUUUCAGUAUAUCUUAAGAGCCUAGAGAAACUUGCUGCCUAUCAUUUUGCAUUAAGUUCCCCAUAAUAGUGAUCAGAAAGAUGAGCUCCUAGGCUAUCAGAAAGUUAUUUUUGCUGCUGGUUGUAUGCUAUUUUUUGUAUUUGGGUGAUCUCGGUUUCAAAAAUGCCAGCUUAUAGAGACCUGCAUGCGAAUGCCUGGAGGAGCACCCUAUGUCCUGCUUAAAGGGAAGGAAUGCCUAAGCUCAAUUACUCAUUUAGAUUUUUGUUCAUUUUUUUUUUCUUUGGUAUUCAUGAAGGGGAAAGCAGGAGGAGAUCUAGCCAUUCAUGUUUCAUUUGAAUGGGGGUUGCAAACAGUACUCUGAAUAGCUCAAGCUCAGCCCCAAAAAUAGAGCUGGCUCAAUAAGGCCCUUAUUUAUAUAUUUAAUUGAUAAUGCAGAAGACCAUGAUGCUACCCGGAUGAAACUAAGGGUGCAAAUGGGUUAGCCUAGAUUAGGAAUUAGCCUAUUAAGGAUGAGAAUGUAAUUUGAAAAAAAAUGGUCCACUUGGUUAUUCUCUUUUGGGAAUUUGAACCGAUAAAAUGGCAUUAUUGAU